AUGCCGCAUGCAGAUCGCCCUCCCAAGCUUGACAAGCAGCAGCGCGCGAAGUUCAACUCGAUGGGCAAGCGGGACGCGCUGUUGCUGAUUCAGAGUAUCCUGACGAUGAACGCGACAACGAAUGGCUUCCUGCAUCUCGCGAAGGACAUCCUGGACUUGGUGGCGAAGGAGGCCAUGAAGCAUAAUGCCGUCGAGGAGGCAAGCUCGGAAUCCGCGCACCGACGUCUGGAGCGGGUGCUAGUCCGCAUGCCCUUUCACCAGCUCGCCCUUCUCUCUGUCUCAAAGGCAAAUCGUGCCGAGUUCGGUGAAGUCAUGGUGCCAUGCAUCGAGAAGCUCACCGAUGAUCUUGAAACAGCGCGGAACAUCGAUUUGAAGGUUUGA